CUGAUUUCUAACAGCCAGGCUCCUCCCUGUCUGACUCACCUCCAGGGCUGUUUGAGGAUAACACUGGGUUGGAGGUUUGGCCAAACGAACGUAAUGUAAAAUCUAUAGCGGAGAUUCAAGCACGAGUGUGAGACUCUGUGUGUGACAGAGAGAGAGAGCUAUCGGGCGUGGUGAGCCGGCGAGGGUGUGUGGAAGACUGGAAGGAGAUGGUUCCCUCAGCGGUAUGGACCGGAGGAAAGCCGUGCCCGGGUUUGUCCCCUGCUGUCUGGUCCUGGUCCUGGCUGUCUCUGCAGAGGUCUCUGAAAGGCGACACUUAUAUAGAAAACAAAGUGAAGUGCCUUUGUCCUGUUCAGAGGGCUUCACAGAACUGGGCUACUACAAUGGCUCAGUUUCCCACACAGACUCGGGCUCUCCAUGCCUGAAGUGGACUGACUUCCCAGACUACAUGCAGCAGUAUCCUGGCCGAGGUCUGGGAGAUCACAGCUUCUGCCGAAACCCAGACCGAGAGACCAACCCCUGGUGCUUCUUCAGACAGAGUUCCGGUGCCAUCGGCUGGGCCUACUGUGACUGCCAGCAGGGAGCAGCCAGAUUAGUGGGGGGACCAUCAGACAACAGUGGGCGCCUGGAGAUCUACCUGAAAGGCAAAUGGGGUGCAGUAUGUGACACACACUGGACCGACCGAGAUGCCAGCGUCAUAUGCAGACAGCUUGGACUGAGUGAAAUUGGUACUGCACUCCAGCAUUCCUACUUUGGUCCAGGUUCCCUGUUCCACUAUGAGCGUCUAGGAUGCCGUGGAAAUGAGAAUUCCCUUCUAGAGUGCCAGAGCAGGAAGUUUGUCACCAGUGACUGUAACCAUGGCAAUGAAGCAGGGGUGAUUUGUGCUGAACCUGAAGGCACCAGGAUACCUUUGAGGCUGGUAGGAGGCUUGGAGGACUUUGAAGGUCGUAUCGAGGUGUACCAUAACGGCAGAUGGGGAACCGUUUGCGAUGACCAGUGGGAUGACACUGAUGCUGAGGUGGUGUGCCGACAGUUGGGUCUGGGGGGCGUGGCCAAAGCAUGGCCAUUGGCUCACUUUGGCCAGGGUUUUGGUCCCAUCUUGCUGGAUGGGGUUCAGUGCACAGGCAAUGAACUUUCUCUCGAGGAAUGUCCUCAUCGCAACUGGGAGCAACAUAACUGUGACCACACAGAAGAUGCGGGGGUAUCUUGCAAUUCAUACACAGACGGUGCAGUUCGACUGGUUGGAGCAGAGAGUCACCAGGAGGGUCGAGUGGAAAUUUACUACCAGGGACAGUGGGGCUCUGUCUGUGAUGACAACUGGACAGAACUCAACGCCCAGGUAGUGUGUCGACAGCUAGGCUUCAGGGGCAGAGCAGAGGUGGCUCCCGAUGGUGUGUAUGAAGAAGGUCAUGGGCUGAUCUUGUUAGAUGAGGUGCAGUGUCAGGGAACAGAGGCCAGUUUGCUGCUCUGCAUCCAUUCUGAAUGGGGCCAACAUGACUGCUCACACAGUGAGGAUGUAGGUGUCCGCUGUGAGAGGGAAGGCGAUAGCAAGAUGAUUCCAAGCAUUUCCCCUUUUACUGGCCCUCUGGUACGUUUGGUUGCAGGAGAGAGCAGGAAGGAGGGCAGAGUGGAGGUCUUCAUUAACGGCCAGUGGGGAAGUGUGUGUGAUGAUGGCUGGAAUGAUGUCAAUGCAGCGGUAGUUUGCAGACAGCUGGGAUUCGUUGGUGCGGCUAAAGCUCGGUCCAUGGCAUAUUUUGGUGAGGGCCGAGGUCCCAUCCAUCUGGACAAUGUUCGGUGCUUGGGCACUGAGAUGUAUUUAGGUCAGUGUCUGACUGAAGGUCAAGAUGGCCAUGAUUGUCGUCACAGUGAGGAUGCAGGCGUUAUCUGUGAUUACACUCUGGAUCCUGUGAGUGAUGGCACCAUGGCAAUGCAGACCUGUGGCCUGAGACUCAAUAAUCAGCGUCGUCGACGCAGAAUUAUAGGAGGAGAUAAGUCACUGAGGGGUGAGUGGCCCUGGCAAGUGUCUCUCUGGCUCAGGUCUCAGUCUAAAGGCAAUCAUCCUCUGUGUGGAGGAUCACUCAUCAACAGUUGCUGGGUUGUGACCGCCGCCCACUGCUUCAAGAGAUUUGGCAGAGACCCCAUCCGCUACACUUUGCGCCUGGGAGACUACCACACUGAGGAACAAGACGACUUUGAACGCACCUUGUCCCCUGAUCGCAUCGUUAUCCACAGAAAGUACCAAAGUCAGGGCUGGGAGUAUGAUAUCGCUCUGCUGCGGCUCAAAGGCACAGAGGGCAACUGUGUGGCAUUCAAUCCUCACACGAGUGCAGUGUGUCUUCCAGAGCGAGCUUCCAAGUGGGAGAAGAGGCCUGCUGCCUGUGUGAUCACUGGCUGGGGCAUCACAGACUCAGAGUACUCCCGGACCCUGCUCCAAGCCUGGGUCCCCUUGCUUCCAGCCUGGAAGUGCAAGAAACGAUAUGGUGAUCGCUACACCAGCCGCAUGCUUUGUGCUGGGAGCCUGUCGGAGCUCCACCGUGUGGACAGCUGCCAGGGGGACAGUGGGGGUCCGCUGGUUUGCCAAGGGGAGGGGGGUCGUUGGAUGCUGACAGGAGUGAUCUCUUGGGGGCACGGCUGUGGUAACCCCUCAUUCCCUGGUGUGUAUACUCGCGUCAGCAGGUUCCUGCAAUGGAUGGACAAGGUUAUCAAUAAACCCUACAAGAACUAAUGAGCAUUGGUCAUAGUCAUCAGUUAGAGCUUAGGGGCUUGUAGCUGCAGGUAUGCAUUGAUAAGAACCACCAUUGUAUAGUAUUAUAAUUAUCAGCCAAGGGCAAGUUUACAUACAGUAGAAGGCACCUGUGUUGGGUCAUUCAUGAAGAAUCCUGAUCAAAGCCAGAUGAGUGCAUGACACUUAAAAGCUGUAUUUAUUGGUGUAUUGUAGAUGUGGCAAUUAAUCCAACUGUAAUAUGUACAAGUUUUUAUCUAUACACUUCAGUGCCUACUUCAUCUUUCAUUCCACAUCUCAAAAGCCUGUUUAAAUCUGACAUGCUAGUACAGCAGAAAGACCAGUGAACACCCAUGCAUGAAUCUCUAACUAUCCAUUUAUAGUUGAGAACUGUUUCCAGAUAAAGAACAGUACCUCUCCUAACAGGAGGGGGGGUGGGGGGUAGAGGAAGUCACCAAUAUUCAGACCAUAUUUGUGGCAACUCUCCCUGCACAGGUAAAUAGUGCUGUACAAAGCAAGCCUUGAAAAGUUGAACAAGACUGCACUAAAACGCAUGCCUUACAGUGACACCUAUAGAUGAGAACCUGAUAAAAGAAAGAAGAAAGUGAAAAAUGGCUACAGUAGUAAUGAUGUGCCUUAUAGCAGUGACUCUCAACCCUGCUCCUCAGGACCCCAUGUCCUGCAUGUUUUAGAUGCUUCCCUGCUCCAACACACCUGAUUCAAAUGAUC